GGCAGGGCGGGGCGCGACGGGUGGGGCCGCGCCGCGGGGCAGGGGGGGCCGCGCCGCGCCGCCCUUCCGCUUCUCGCAGGGGGCCGAUCAUGGGGGCGCAGCUCAGCACGUUGGGUUGGAUAGUGACGUACCCAUUAUGGGUAAUCUACAGGACCUUCCUGAAGUUUUUCGGGAAUCCCCAUCCUCCAAUUACUCUGAAGGAUCCUGAAGUGAAGUAUGCAUUGAGGCUGAUUGAUAAAGAGGAAGUUAGUCAUGACACAAGAAAAUUUCGAUUUGCUCUUCCUUCUGUAGAUCAUGUUCUGGGUCUCCCUAUAGGACAGCAUAUCUACUUGUCUGCACGGAUUGAUGGGGCUCUGGUUGUUAGACCAUACACUCCUGUUUCCAGUGAUGAUGACAAGGGCUUUGUGGAUCUUGUCAUCAAGGUUUACUACAAAGGUAUCCAUCCAAAGUUUCCUGAAGGAGGGAAGAUGUCUCAGUACUUAGACAGCCUGAAAAUAGGGGACACUAUUGACUUCAGAGGACCAAGUGGCCUGCUUGUCUACAAGGGAAAAGGCCAGUUUGCUAUUCGGCCUGAAAAGAAAGCUGAACCAGUUUUAAAAAACGUGAAAUAUGUGGGGAUGAUCGCAGGUGGGACUGGGAUAACACCUAUGCUGCAGAUCAUUCGAGCUAUCAUAAAAGACAAAGAUGACCACACCAUUUGUCAGCUGCUGUUUGCUAAUCAGACUGAGAAGGAUAUCCUGUUACGUUCUGAACUGGAGGAGAUCCAGACUCAGAAUCCCAGUCGCUUUAAGCUUUGGUAUACGCUGGACAGAGCACCUGAAGGUUGGGAAUAUAGCCAAGGAUUUGUGAACCAAGAGAUGAUCAGAGAUCACCUGCCCCCUCCUCAAGAUGAUGUUCUGAUUCUCAUGUGUGGCCCUCCUCCAAUGAUCCAGUACGCUUGCAUUCCCAACUUGGACAAACUGGGGUACACCAAGGACAUGAGGUUCUCCUUCUAAAGAAGACGGAUCAUUCUGUGAUCUUGUGCAGAAGGGAAGAGAAAAUAUUUAAUGGGGAACAAGACAAAGUUACACAAGUGGCUGAUGCACAGUGCUGAGAAGCUACAUUUAGGUUAUAACUGCUUCAGUUUUUCUAAAUCUCUGGCGAGUAAGAUAUUCAAGCUUAACUAUAGUCAAAUUAUACUCUGUUUUGCACAGAGACAGCUGUAUUGCCGAGAGUGGUGCCUAUUGCUCAGUUAUAUUGUACUUGCCAUGGCUGUCCUAUAGAAAGAUUAUAUUCCAUUUCAAGGAGGGGAGGUAGGCUUCUUAGGGCUCUCAAUGGUUUACACUUUGUUAGCACUGUAAUCAAAUGGCAGUAAUAUCCUGCUUCCCAACACCGUGCAUACGCAUACUCAAAAUUUUACUUGGAAUGAAGUAUGAAAAUAUAUGGAGUGUGCUGGAUUAUUUACCUUGCUUAUGCCAAGCUUUAAUCCUUACAGAGCUUUUACACCAUGGAGGACAGGAAUGUUUGCCUUGUAUGCAUAAUCUUUGCAACAUCAGAAGCUUCAAGAUGACUGUUCAGUUGAAGGAUGGCGAUUAACUAAGUUGCCGUGUUAAUCAAAAUAGAGAGGUAGACAUGAACACAAAGUUUGUUUCCUGUGUAUUUUGGAAUGGCCUCUGUUAGAUGCAAACACUUUUCCAGCUGUCCACUUUGAAUAGCCAUUCCCAUCCCUGGGCAAAGAAAGGAACUGUGGAAAGCAGGAGGCUUUAUUUACUGUUCCCCAAACAGCUAGGAAUCUUUGCUUGUAUGUGUUUUGAAUACUGAAAAAAAUACUAACUUCUGUAUUUAUUUUUAAAUAGCAGAAGGUGCUGUAGGAGUACAAAAGCAGUUGUUCUGCAUGUACCAUGCAGGAAAAAUAUCUGGGUGACAACAGGAUCAUGGUUGAUCUGGAACCAUAGGUUGAUCCGGAACAAGGGGAGCUCCGUGCUCAUCGCUAGAGCAGGUUUCACUAGGUAGUCCAGCUUUGGAUGUGGUAAGCCAGAGCUUCACCUGCAUCUGCAUAACUUGCUCAGGCAAAACCCCAGAUGAUUUGCUUGAAAAGGAUGAAUGGGAAAAGCCUUAAGUCACCUUACUGACAACAAAUUCAAAUGUCUCACUGAAUCUAAAACUGUUUCUUAGAUGCUAUUCAUUAUAGCUCUGAUUUAUUUUUUUAAUUUACUUUUUUACAGCAGCUUUUUACCUAAUCUGCAGUAAACUUAAAGCAUCUUGGUUGCAGAAUCUUCUGCUUCCAAAUAACAGAGAUGCUGCUGAGAUUAAGGCUGCCUGCAAGGAAUCUGUGGAACUAAAAAUCUUGUUCUGGUGAUGGAAAACAGAGUGAUUUGAAAGGAUAUUUAGUGAAAUGCAAAGUAAUGUGGAUGCUAGUUAGUAACAAGUAUCAGUGUAUAAAUCACUUUUUUUGAGGAUUUGGGUGGGUAUUUUGAAGCUGUAACUUGCCGUGUUUCCUUUUGUGCCUGUACAACAGAUGGGUAUUGUGGAAUUAAAAGGUUAAUUUUCAGUGUGAAUUAAAAGGAGAAAAAGAUACUAUGGUUUAUUUAAGGAAUCUGGAAUGGAUAAUACUAUUAUUAAACUUACUUAUUUUAUUAAUUAGACUGUUGCCUCUGAGAUCUUGAAUUUUUGGUGUGUGCUUCUGAAACUUGUUCUCUAAUACUAUGCUCCAAAGUUUAAAUAAGAUUCAGUUGAGUUUCAGUCUGUCUUUUUAUGAGGAAAAAUAUGGAAAUUUGAGUGUAGUUACCUUGCUGCUGGUUUAUAUCAGUGUGGGAUAAACAGAUUUUUUUUUCAUGACUGUAUUUAAUGAAGUUUACUUGUCAAAAAUAGCUAGCUGGUUAAGCAUAAACUGUUUUUGUAUUACUUAUUUUACAUACUCAAUUACUGGCUUUUUUUCACAUCUGUAUAAGAAAUAAAAUAUCUUGCAGGUGAA